AUGAUGUCCGACGACGCCGAGUACGUUCCAGGUUCAUUUUUUUUCUCAGAAAGAAGUAAAGAAGUUUGAAAAUUUCCAGCGCAGAUUAAUAGAUAUUCACUUUCGGCUGUGAAAAGACGACAAUCGGAACCAGUUCCGCAUAAUUCAAGGCUUUCGGAACAGAGUUUUAGUGGUUAUCACGUGAGUCUCAAGGAAAUUUUCUUGAAAAAUCGAUUUUAAGCUCCGCGGCUUUAAACCAUUCUACUAACCACCGAACAAUUCAAAAAAAUUUCAAAAUUUCAAAUCGUAGAAAGAUUUUUAAAAAAAGGCCACUUUUUUGAACGCCCUCUGAUUAUUUUUACACAAUUUUUUCGCGAUUUUCCAACACCUGGGACUGAAUUAAGGACUUUUUAGGAUCAACGAACAAGUUUCGAUGAUGAAAGGAUGAACAGAGCGGCUAUUGCCGAACAAAUCAAGAGGAAUAACGAACUGAUUGAGAAAAUGUCGCCGGUCGUCAAGUAUAAAGUGGGUUUUUAGAGGCUUUUUCAUAGUUUUAGUCUUCCAUAAAAAGGAUCCUAAGAAAAAUGAACCCUGGUGUCCAUGAAAAGAAAUGUUUUUUUAGAAAAUCUAACCAAAGUUUUUUUAUUUAAAGGAGCAUAGCGAUUUCCAAGAAGGUCUCAAGACGAAGAGGCCUUUGAGAAACGCUUCUUAAGCAUCUUAGGAAGGAUUUAUGAGCAAAAAUAGUAAACUUCAAAUAUUUAAUUCUGGAAGAAAAAACUACAGAAACGUCUGAACCUCUUAUUUUCGCACACUCUUUCGCUAAUCUCACUUACUCUGAUUCACUAUAAAUGAUCUAUAAAAACCAAUCCCAUUUCCCAAAAAUCGCCUCUUUUCCCACAAGUGACCUCUCAACCCCCGCCUUAUGAAACUGGUAUCAUACGUCACUGGAGCCCUUCAACUUGACAGCUGGAAAAAACCAUAAACCCCCGAAAUUCUUCUUCAAUCAUCAUAUCAAUCGAUCCCACGAGCUGGUUCAGAUUCAGGAGUUCAUCCGGAAGCAACGGAGCAAAAAGCAUCAGAGAAGGAAGUUCUCCCUGGCCUGCGGCCUUCAGAAUAACCCGCAGAAGAGGUCGAGUCGGAACACGAGGAAGGAGCCGCCUCGCCACGCCCACUUCAGAAGACCCGCCCCGCCUCCUCCACCUCCUCCUCAACAGGUCAUGCCGGUCAUGACGUCACAACCGAUGCCACCUAUCCAUCUAUCACCCCACAAUUCCUUCCAUCACUAUGCUAUUUUGGACGAUUUGGAGUGA